UCUCCUCCGUCACUUUGCAAUUGCUCGGUGUGAGCCCAUCUCUGGUCUGCUCAAGUAGGAUAGGAGGCAAAUACUGAGACUUCUGUCAAUUUUCCUCGAAUAUCCUGCCUUGGCCCUCGCCGUCACCUUGAUAGCCUCCAACAAUAACUCUCAGCGUUACGGCCUUGCUCUACCGUCCAGGACCGCGAGUUAGUUAAACAGCACCCGCCGACGGAUACGCAACACGGUAACGAGCACAAUGGGCGUCACAAGAACAACCCGCGUCGAGGGCACUGGACCUCAACCGGUCAGAGGACAGAUAGUCACAGUUGCCUACACCGGCUGGCUCAAGGAUACAAGCAAGCCGGGCAACAAGGGCCAAGAGUUUGACACAUCCGUUGGGAGAGAGGAUUUCGAGGUCGAAAUCGGGGUUGGGAAGCUUAUCCGAGGCUGGGACGUGGCAGUCUUGGACAUGAAGGUCGGCGAACAGGCAACAUUAGAUAUCACCAGCGACUACGGCUAUGGUGAAAAGGGCUUUCGAGGCCAUAUUCCCCCAAACGCAGACCUGAUUUUUGACGUGCAUCUCAAGGCCGUGAGAUAACCUGUUGUAACAACUGAGCAGUUGUUCUUGGGCGAAGUGCUCCGUAUUCCGGAUUAAGCAGGCCAAAGUCCAUGAAACUUGAAGCAUCCGAACUCCUAGAUG